UUCUCUUUUGUUCUUUCUUUCUGUUGUUCUGGUCUCCAUGUUGAGCCUGUCAGCUUCAAACGCCAUGAGCAUAGUUGCCACUGCUGCAGCUCUAUCUUUGCCUAUCUCUUUUUGCAGAUCAUCGAAGCUUAGCACCAAGAAGGGUCUGAGAGGAUUUCAGGUUUUCGCUGUGUUGGGAGAGGAGUCAGGGGUAGAUAAGAAGAAUGCUUGGAGCUCACUCUUUGAUGUGGAGGAUCCAAGGCCCAAAAAUCCGAAACUAGAAGGGAAGGUCUUGAAGGCAGCUCAGGCCUUGGAAGUUGCUAGGUUUGAUAUUCAAUACUGUGAUUGGCGCGCUCGACAAGAUGUGCUAACAAUCAUGCUCCUCCAUGACAAGGUUGUGGAAGUUUUGAAUCCUCUAGCUCGUGAAUUUAAGUCUAUCGGCACCAUCAAGAAGGAGCUUGCAGAGUUGCAAGAGGAACUAGGACAGGCACACAAAGAGGUUCAUAUAUCUGAAGCAAGAGUUGCUACUGCCUUAGAUAAAUUGGCUUACAUGGAAGAAUUGGUGAAUGAUAAGCUUUUACGGCCACAGGACAGCAACACUGCAGAUGCUGAGCAAGCAUCCUCCUCUCCCAGUACUUCUACACAAUCUUUGGAUGCUGUAAAAAGGAGAAGGUCUAGGAAAGGCUUGAAUGUUUCAGGUCCAGUUCAAAAGUACCAUCCCCGAUUGAAGAAUUUUUGGUACCCUGUUGCCUUCAGCACUAAUAUUAAGGAAGAUAUUAUGGUUCCAUUUGAUUGUUUUGAGGAACCAUGGGUUCUAUUUCGUGGAAAAGAUGGGAAACCCGGAUGUGUUCAGAAUACCUGUGCACAUAGAGCUUGCCCUCUUGAACUUGGUACAGUAAAAGAUGGCCGUAUCACAUGCCCAUAUCACGGAUGGGAGUACGCUACUGAUGGAAAAUGCGAGAAGAUGCCAUCAACAAAAUUACGCGAUGUGAAAAUUAAGUCAUUGCCAUGUUUUGAGCAAGAUGGGAUGUUAUGGAUUUGGCCUGGUGAUGACCCUCCAUCAGCCACUAUACCUUCUUUACAACCUCCUGCAGGAUUUCAAGUCCAUGCUGAGCUGGUAAUUGAACUCCCAGUGGAACAUGGAUUACUUCUUGAUAAUCUCCUAGAUCUUGCGCAUGCUCCUUUUACGCAUACGUCCACCUUUGCCAAGGGAUGGAGCGUUCCAAGCUUUGUGAAAUUCUUGACACCUGCAUCCGGACUGCAAGGGUAUUGGGAUCCUUAUCCGAUUGAUAUGGAAUUUCGACCACCUUGUAUGGUACUCUCAACCAUUGGGAUCUCAAAGCCGGGAAAACUAGAAGGGCAGAGCACGCAGCAGUGCAAAACACAUCUUCAUCAACUUCAUGUGUGCUUACCCUCUUCAAGAAACAAAACAAGGUUAUUAUACAGAAUGUCACUCGAUUUCGCGUCUGUACUAAAGCACAUUCCUUUCGUGCACGUUUUAUGGAGGCAUUUUGCAGAACAGGUUUUGAAUGAGGAUCUAAGGCUGGUCCUCGGCCAACAAGAGCGCAUGAACUGCGGGGAGAAUGUCUGGAGUUGCCCCGUAACAUAUGACAAGUUAGGAGUAAGAUACAGGCUAUGGAGGGAGGCUGUUGAACAAGGAAACAAGCGACUACCCUUCACAACCAAAUCGAUUUAGAUUCACAUUCAAACCAAGACUGGACUUCCUUCCUUUUUGAUCAUCCUCCGGAACAAACCCACUUGCUAGAGUGGCCUAUUUUGCACAAAAGUUACCCCAAUAACUAACAAUGGCAUGGUGUUCGGCGUUCCUGCGCUUGAUGAAGCCUUGAACAUUCUAGUCCCAGAGCGACUCGGCGGCAACUGUGAAUUGAACAGGGAGAAGAAAACGGUAUCUGCCAUAGAAAACCCCUUGUAAAGUAGAAACAAACUGUACACCAUUUCCAUUUUUUUCCGUUCUCUUGUUCUGUGUACAGCAUUGGUAUACCUGCUUUUUCAUA